CAGAAGGCCGCGCGGUGGCAGCGGCGGCGGUGGCCGUUGCUAGGCAGCGGGAAGCGGGAUCGGGGGCCUAGUCGGGAGGAUGAAGCAGAGGAAGGCCAAGGCGGUUGGCCCGGCCCGGCCGGGGUCCGGCCGCAAGAAGAAAGACGUCAGUGAUAUCUCCCCCUCUACAAGUUUGCCUCCUCUUGUAGAAGGACAACUGCGCUGCUUUCUGAAGCUGACCAUUAGCAAAAUCUUAUGGGUGGUUGCCAAGCCACCUGCUUCCUUCCUUAUCCGGGUGAGGUGGUGGGGAGAAACCUCGGACGGUACAGCCUUUGUUCCCCGGGAUACCUCUCAGGCCGAGCCAAAAAACCUCAAAACUACGACCCGCUACCCAGUUCGGUGUGGACCAAAACAGUUUGUCUCCUAUCUGACAGAUAUGGGUGCUCUUAUCCUGGAAGUAAUGGCCAAACCAGAUCACCUUCCAAUUGGCCGGGUGCAAAUCAAUGGGCUGGCACAGCUCUCUCCAAGUCACCCAAUCAGCGGGUUUUUCACCAUUGUCUCACCAACAUCUGAGAAGAUGGGAGAGCUGCAGGUAUCGCUUGCUCUGGAACCGCUGUCUGAAACCUAUGACAGCAGCAGCUCCAUCCCAAACACAGACGUCAGCUUCAGUGCUGGUUUGUCAGUCCAGGGGACCAAAGAAACGGCUGACUCUAACCCGUUCCUUGCACCCUCGCAGCUUCACAGGCCGGCUAGCACGAAUAUUGUUGGAAGAGAGUCCGUUAGCAGUAGUAGGGCCACCACACCAAGGGGCAAGGACCACUUGUACUUUCAAGAGAACUCUGAGAACUUAAAAGAAGGGUUUUUUCGACCUCAGCACCACCGCCUCCAAGGGCGCAAUGAUUCUGUCAAUGCAAAUGAUCCCAAGCAACAAGGGUUGUUUUCCGGUGGCUCUGAUCUUGAGGCUCAAGUGAGGUUGGCUAAGGAAAGUCCCAAACCUGCCCAUGUCCUUUCUUGCAACAACCCACCAACAAAAGAUCUCCUUUCAGCCCUUUUGGAUAAAGGGAACAGACUCCGAAACGCUAUGGUAGUGUCUGCAAUGACAUCAAAUCCCGAUCCCGAUAUACAGCUUUAUGAACUUCAGCCCAUAAAGCAGGACGUCUCCAAACUAGUUGAAAAGAAUCUUAAAAACCUGCACCCUGGCCUCAUAUCUGCCGUUGAAGAGCCUCUUCAGCCACUGCCUGAUGGCUCAGAAUUUGAUUUAGAUGCUGAAAACAGAGCAAUCCAGCUCUUGCUGGGCAGUUCUGGUUCUUCCCCUCUGCGCUUUUUGGAUGGUACAGGCUCCCCCCUGGAAUGUAUCUCUCCUGGGAGUGAGGUGUACGACAGUGAGCUGAACGACCCCCACUAUGACCAGAGCCUGCUGGAAAACCUGUUCUACACGGCUCGAAAGUCCGACAGCAGCUUAAGUGACUUCCUCAGUGACGAGGAAGAUGCUGUUGCUUCCGGAAAACUAAACAAGUCGCAGAACGGCAAGUGUAGGAGAUCAAAAAAGGCUUCAGAGUCUAGCCCCUUGGGUCAGAAAGGGAGGACUCGAGAGACAAAACCCAGCCAUUCUCCUGCUGGGCCGCUUCCUCUUCAUGAGGCUUCCAUGGAAUCCACAGAGGAAACACGAGCUGUCAAUUUGAAUCUGGACAGACUGGCAGUGCUGGGCCGGGUCCGAUUAGCUAGAGCAGUCGUGGAGAGCCUAAAGGUGCCCCCUGAAAACAUCACUCCAGGCAAAAAACGAUCAACCGGAAAGCCGCCCAGGCCAGCGUUGGCCAAAAAGAGGACAUUCUUUGUCGAGUUUCACUUUCCAGUGGGAGCUUCAAAGAUUGGAGCAGGGCAGGCUGCCAUAACUACAGAAAUAGUUCGGAUAGCAUCAAGUAAAAUCUCAGGGGAAGUGGUGAAGUUUCAACAGCGGUACGUGUUCCCCGUUCACUUCAGUGGCGCAAUGAUAACCCACUGGUGGAACUCGGACCUUGAGUUUAACAUCUACUCAAAACAAGGCACACAAAGAAAGCCACUGUUGAUAGGCUCAGCCGUUUUCCCGCUGCGAGACAUAAUUCAGUCUGAGCAGCUAACCGUCAGCCGUGAACUGCCUGUGAAAGAAGACGGAGGUCCAGCCCAGCUGGGGCCUUUAAAGGUAUCAUUGGAACUUGCAGCUGAUAAUAAAGAUUUCUCCAGCACUAGUGCCAAGGCAGCGAAUGGGGCGCCACAAGCUCCAGUUCAUGCCAUCAGGAGUCCCGGAGUCAAGUUUCAAGAAGUUGGCAGGAGCACCACUCCUGCUGGAAGCCCCCCAGUCUUGAAGCAAAGUAAUUGCCAGCUCCCAAAGAGGAACCAAGAGUCUUCACCUGCAGUAUCAGAAAGGGCCAAUGUUGGCGUGAGUCAGCUACCAGUCCCCAUGCCCGUCUCCCGUAACCUCCUGAACCAGCUGUGUGCAUCAGAAGAAGAAGGUUUGCUAUUGCACGUACUCUUGAUGGUCCCAGAAGGGGAGGUCUUUGUUCCCAAAGAUGCUGUAUUUCAUGGCUCUUGUAACGUGUAUCUAAACUGCAAGCUCUUCAGCACAGAAGAAGCCACAAGGUCUUCGGUGAUAUGGGGGACCACACAACCUAUCUUCCAGUUUUCUCAGGUAACUCCUAUUUCACUGACAUCAAAACAUCUGGAGAGGCUGAAGAACAAUGUGAUGGUCAUAGAAGCCUGGAACAAGGUGUGCAUUCCAGGAGGAGACGCCCUGCUAGGACUGGUGAAGCUUCCACUGCAUCAGUUCUACGUUUCAUUCAAGGACCCCAAGAUUUCCAGCCUGCUGCUUCAGGCUCAGUAUCCGGUGCUGGCUGUAGAUGGCUCCAUGCCCGUGGUUGACGUCUUCACCGGCAGCAAAAAGGGGAGCCUGAAGGUCAUUCUGGCCAUGGGCUCUGCGGAGCAGAUCGCGGCCCUGCAGAGGCUCAAGAACGAGGAAGGAAUGGCACCUCCUGUGGCAAUGCGCCCUCCACAUUCUCUGGACUCCCUUGCCAUGCCUCUUCCAAAGCAGUCAGGCAGAGAAAAGGAAGGGAUGCUGGAGCACGUUUUUGAGAUCCACAUUGAGAGCGUCAAAGGGCUCACUCCCCUCCAGUCCACGGUCUGGGGAGAGGCUGACUGUUACGUGCAGUACCACUUUCCCGUUCAGGAGUCAGACUCCGACGUACUGCGUGGGACAGAGUUCUGUGAGAACGGCCUUGUGCUAAAGCCUUUCCGCUCGGCAGUCACCUUGUGCGUCCCUGACCCCAACUUUGGCGAUGAGCGUCAUCACUCCUUGAUGGUCCCUGCUGACGUCCCUGUCCAAAGGCUGCUGCUCAGCUCUUUCUCUGCCCAGGGCAUAGGAGGAGGAGCAGGGAUCCAGUUUGAAAUCUGGUGCAGGUAUUACUACCCUAACGUCCGAGACCAGAUGGUAGCCAGGGGGACCUUGCCCCUGUCCCGCCUGUGUGCCAUGGUGACCAUGCAGUACCGAGAGGACGUGGGCAUCCAGACCUUCAGCCUACCCUUAAUCCCAAGGACUGAGAGUGCAGGGGAGCCCCACCCCCAUUCCUCAGGUUUUCUUGAUGUGAGCGUAAAAUACAGGCGCUUCCUGAAGGCGACAGAAGGCAUCCUGGCAGCUCAAGCAGUUUCUAUUUCGGUUCAGAUACACUUUGCAGCCGGUUUGCAGGCAGCAGCCAGAGCCGUGGCAGAAAAGAACCCUUCGCUCCAGUGCAGUGCAGAAGUUGGGGUGAAUGCCUACGUCUCCGUGCAUCUGCCCUUCCUCCCCGAAUCUGAGAGGCGCAACACCCGAGCCGUGGCUCGCACUUUCUGCCCAGAAUUCGAGCACCACACAGAGUUCCCGUGCAACCUUGUGGUCCAGAGAAGCAGUGGAGAAGCCUGUUCCCUGGGGGAGUUGUUGCAGGUUUCGGAGAUAGUCUUUUCCAUCUUUCACAAGAGCCUGAACUCAGCACCAUAUGGAACAAAAACCCAGGCUUCGAGGGAUUACCUCCUGGGAACUGCCAAGAUUCCAACCAGAGACCUGUUGAACAGAAGAUCAGGUAUUCGAGGCUGGUUCCCAAUAACUCUGCCAGAGGACCUGGUGCCCGCUCAUUGUGCAAACAUCCUGCAAACCAUAGUUGGAGGCCUGGAGCUUUCUGUCACCUUCGCCCAUCCUGGGGACCGGCAACGUGUCCUGGAUGCGGCUAGACUUUUAGGCUGGAAUUUGAAGGAAGCCAGCGCCGAGUGCCUGCAGGACGACAGUGAGAGUGAAUGCCAGCAUACUCCAGACACUGCAACCGUGGCCAUUUCCAUCCCCCGGCUGUGGCUACCAGUCCAGUGUGUGUUACUUGCAGGACAGACGCACUUAAACAAAAGCAUCCAUUGCUACCUCCGCUAUAAGCUGUAUGACCAAGAAGCCACGUGGACGUCUCUUAGGAGGCCCAAAUUAGCUGAAGACCAGAAGCACGUGACCGUGAGCUUCAAGAAAAGCAAAGAAAUGGAUCUUCCGUUGAGCCAAGCCUUACUGUGGUACUUCAAGGAGGAGAGGCUGGAGGUCCAGGCGUGGCGAGCCUAUGGGAACGAGAGCAACACCGAGAGGCCCCUGGAUACCGAUCGACUGAUUGGGUCGGCCUACGUAGACCUUGCCGCACUCGGGGAGAGCUCAAGGGGGAAAAGGACAGUUAGUGGUGUCUUCCCCUUGUUCCGGCGCAAUUCUUCAAACUUGUUGGGAGCCGCCAUGCGAGUCCACAUUGUAGUGGCUCCCAAAAGCCCCUCCAGACCUGAUGUUUCUGAAGAUGGUAGCAGUGGCGUCAGUGACCACGAGGAAAGACACAAGGAGCCUGAGCAAGAUUUGAAACCUGAUCAGACCUCCGUUGUGGAAACCCUCAUCGAGAAACCAUCCGAGGAGUCUCCCCACCCAGUGGGUCAUGAGCAGACAUUUGCCGUCAGUAUCCUUGUGGAAAGGGCCAUGCACUUAAGCUUAAAAGGGAGUCCUCUCACUGAACGUGGGGUCGUGUCACCCAGUAGCUACGUGUCUUUUGUCGCUGCCGAUGCUGAUAAUCCCAUUGCCACAGAAAUAGUUGAAAAUUCCGACUCACCUGUUUGGGACUUUCAGCAGCAGACCAGACUCUCCAAAGAGCUUCUGUUGGAUCCUCAGCAAACUCUGGUCUUUAAAGUGUGGCACAAAGCAGAUGUUGAACGGGUGAUAGGAUUUGCCUCUGUGGAUCUCUCCCCCCUCCUUUCCGGCUUCCAGUUAGUCUGUGGCUGGUACAACAUCACAGACUUCAGCGGACAGUGUCAGGGGCAGAUCAAAGUCGCCGUUUCCCCCCUUGAAAAUAUAACUCAUCUCAAAGAAGAAAGACAGGCAAGAAGCCAGACCAAAGCUUCAGGAUCAUCAAUUCCAACCACCAGCUCUUUUGCCCUCCAAGCGCAGGACUUGUACACUGCAUUCCCCAGCUUCUCCACAAGAGGCACCAACGAACAUCUAAAGUCCCCAUUGAAGGGCACUGAUGCCACCAGUCUGGAGAGCAGGACUGGGUUCUUGGGGUCCUGGAUGCCCCGUCAUGAAGAGCACGUGAAGAACAUCCGCCGAUUCCACGAGUCGCUGCAGCAGGCAGAAAGCAACACAUGCCAGUUAGGAAGGCUGGAUUCCCUUUCCCAUUCCUCACGCACUUCCCUUCUCGGAACUCUCAGGAAAAACCUGAGUGAGCUGGAUGAGAUUCAGAGGUACUUCGGUCAAAAGCUCACCAGACCUCAUCCCGACUUGGGUUCUCCACGGAGAAACACGGAUGACCUGGGUGCCAGUCACCAAAGCCCCGCCUCCAUGGAGGCAGAUUCGGAAGGACGCCACCUGCUGGAGAAAUCCAGUCACCUGGUUUCUCAAGUCAGCAGCCUGAUUGCUGACCUGCAGAACAACAUGGGGAAGAAUGCCGAAGGAUCUGUGGGUGCCUGUGUGGAUGGCAGCCAGUGUUCAAGCGCUGUUGCCUCCCUCGGCAAGGGUGGUCUUCACAAGACAGAAGAUGCUGCCAGGGCUGAGGUUCCCAAAGGCCACCCGAGGAGCGAACCUUCAAGUACCUGUGUCGACAAAGAGCCUUCGCUCCCUCUUGGCGAAUCCCCUUACGGGGUAGGCAUGCUGUUCAAAUUCCUUGGCCAAGCCAAUUCCCAAAGCAGCCACCCCUCACCUGCUUGCUUUACCCAGAAAGGCGAAGGCGCUGCACAGUCUCACAGUGAGGAGGAGGAAGAGGAAGAGUAUGAGGAGGACGUCAUAGAACCAAGAACGCUGAAUGAAAUCACCACCAUGACGGACAGAACCAGCCCUUGGUCCAGCCUUGUCUCUGAACCAGAGCAUGAUCCUGCGAUCAUGAUGGGCGCUGAUCAGCUUGCAGGGACUGCUGAACCUUCGCUGAAAGAAGGCAGCGUCAGAAGCAGCCCCGUGUCCAGCCUCACCCAAGACGACCCUCAGAGCAUGCCCAGCAGCGCCAGAUCCAGUAACAGCCCCUUGAGAGAAGACAAAGAUGACGAACAUGUGAGGAGGCGGGACCUCGAGGGUAGUCUGGAAGAGCCGUUGCCGCCUGCUCCCAUCUCAGCCUUGAGCCAAACAAAGGAUGGGGCUGCAGAAGAAGAGCAAAGGGAAGAUGGGGGAAGAGCGCAGGAAAUUGGGGGCAAGAUAGAGGAAGGGGAACCGUUUAUUCCAUGUGACGGUGGUGGUGGUGGUGAUGGGGACUCUGCAGCAGCUAAGCACUGUGUUCCAGAGACGAGAGAGGGCAGGCUGGGCUUAGAGGGCGGCCCCCGAGGUGAGGAAGGAAGGCGUUUGAGCGAAGAGGCUUGCCUUGGGACGGUGGGAGCUGCACAGCAUUCUGGAAGCUGCUCUGACGAGAGCCAUGAAAACUCACCAGAGGAGUCGGAGAAGCCUCUGAAGCCCAGUGUAGUCCUAUCUGACCCCGUGGUCGUCCCCAACUUCUUCCUUCCACCACAGCAUCUGGAAGCCUCCAUGCGGCUGCUCAGCAUCACUUCUCCUUCUCCACCGGCUGCUGCUGCUGUUAAAGCUGGAAGUGGCGCCGCUGCUGCUGCUGCUGCUGCUGCCGGAAGAAUCCCUAACCGAAGGCCGGCCCGUCACAACCCGAGCCUGACGCCAGACGAGCUCCCGGAAAAGGAAAUGAGAAGGAUCGCUCGGAUAUUUUCAGCCCAGUUCUCCAAAAAGCAGUAGUGGGACGAGGGGGCAGGGAGGCCCAUCAGCGAUGGCUCAAAGGCUGCAAAGCUUCCAAGAAAGGUGGAGGCUUCGGCUUGCUGUAAACCUCUGGCUCGUUUGGGCUGCCGUAGCAAGCAUGCAUCCUAAGGAGCCCCGGGAGAAAAAUGAUUCUUGAGGAACUGUGCCUGGCGUGAAAGCGGGAGACACGUCUGUUACUGUAUACCAGAGAUGCAGCCUGCCCUCUUCCUGAGCCCCGUACGAGGCCUGUCCAUUCCUCCUAGAAGAACACAUGGCAUUAGUCAAAUAAGCCAAGGAAUUAGGUUACAGGUAACGGCAACGGCAGUUCCCUGCCUACCUUCUGGAUCCGAGCUAUGCCAAGAGCUAAAGUUCCAUUCUCACUCCUUCCUGUGUUCAGCUCCUUCUCCUAGCCUGUGUUCUUACCCCAGGAGCUGUUUGCAGCAGUGCUGCUCCCCCCCCCCAUACCAAGUAAUGUGAGAGGCCCUGCACCAUUCUGGAGAUUUGCCGUGGGUGUCCUUCCUAUCCUUGCACCAGACGCCCAGUUUCCCAGAGGGCAGCGCUGGCGUGGGGGAGGAGCUACGGUAAGGUCUGGGGCUGGUCAGACUUCCACCCUGGCAGCCCGAGAGGUAGCAGCUACUGUGCCACCCUUGUAGGCCUGGGAUUCGUGUGGCAUCUCACCUGCUUGGAGGCCACGGAAUUUGCUUCGUUGUUUUCCAAACAGGACAGAAACGCCUUUCCGAGCAGAAGCAGACAGCACUUGAGAGUCUAGCGUGAGCAAUGGAAGUUGCCAUGUUGCGUUUCUUACCUUCGCAGUCCUUUAGAACACAGCCUGGGGUUAUGGGUCUCAUGUAUAUCUGGGUACAUUUGACAGCAUGCAAAAGGGCAAUGCAAAGGACCCUGGGCUCAGACCAGAACCUUGCUGGAGCUGCGCUCUCCUGUUGAGUGUCAUGAAACGCUCUGUGAACAUGGGAGACUUGCCCAGCAUAGGCCCUGCAUUUGCAAACUUUGCUCAAUACACCCAAAGCAGGUUGUGCACAUUGUCCACCAGCAUCAGAACUGUGUAUAUUCAAAUAAAAUUGUUGCACUUUUUUGUUAAAAUACAGGCAAUAUUGGGGAUACAAAUCUCUUCACAUAUUUACAUAUAUAUAUAUAUUUUAAGUCAGUUUUUUUUAAAAAGUAUCUGCCCUAAAUGGAAAUCAUGCUAAUUUAUUUGUAAAGAGUUUUUUAAAGACUUGCGAGUCUCUCUGUCUUUUUUUUUAACAAUAAAACGGCAUUUAUAUUUUUGUGACCUCAAGUGUGUUUCAUCAAUAAGCGAUGUUUUGUGCAAUAGUUCUUCAUAUAAUGCUGGUACCGAAACCACCUAGGAAGCGCUGCAGAUGUUGGAGUGAGCGGAAGGUAGAUCGUUAUCUGCUUAGUAGAUAACUUAAGUCAGGAGUGGGAAACCUCAGGCCUGGGGGCCGAAUCCAGUCCUCCAGAUCUCUGCACCUGGCCCUUGAAACUCUUUCCAGGCCACACACCCCUCACUGGUCAUACUUCACAACCCAGGUGUUUUUGCCUCGCUGGAAAUAUAUCAUUGAACUCUGAUAAUGCCUCUCACUCGCCUGAAUGGGGGACAGAGAAGAGGGGUGUAGAAAAUAGCCUGGCGUAUAAUGCUAAAAUUUACAAUCAUUACCCACUUUUGCUUCUGGUCCGGCCGGAAGGUGUCCCUUAGAAGGUGGUCCAAAAGAGAAUGUGGCCCCCAGGCUCAAAAGCUCUCUUUUCCCCUCCCCGCAUUCAAGGUUAUUUUCAGUCGGUCAUCAAAUAUUUCCGACUCCCAAUUCAUAGAAUCGUAGAGUUGGAAGGGACCACGAAGGGUCAUCUCGUCCAGCCCUGCAACGCAGGAAUAUUUUGCCCAACAUGCAGCUCGGACCCAUGACUCUAGAACUGAGAGUCUUGUGCUCUGCCAACUGAGCAGCAAAAAAAUGAUUCUUCCCCUUCCCUUCUUCCAAACAUAAUGCGUAAACUAAAUAAGCAGGGAAAGGGGGCUGUCGGCUCAGUUCCAUUGAGGUGCUCAGAACAUAUCCCUGGGCUCAACAUUCUGUUGGUUCCCUGUUCCAUCGGAGCUUUUCAUCUGGUGUGCUGAAGUUACCCUAGAUGGACUACAUAAGAAGAGCCGUUGCUGGAUCAGGCCAAUGGCCCUAUCCAUUCCAGAGUCCUGUUCUCAGAGCGGCCAGUCAGGUGCCUGUAGCAGAAUCUGAGCUCAAGAGCAUCUCUCCCC